CAUCACGCUAAGAGGACAGGUCCGACUAGAUGGGCCACUUGGUACAUAGCUUAAAUACAUCACCCCAUUUUUUUCCCUCUCAUUUCGAAUAAAACGCCACCGUUCCAGUUUGGGGUUUCAUUUUUCUUAAUCACGACGCUUCCCUUUUUAAGAUCACUGCCACACGGGUAAGGCUGGCUUUUCGCUUGUUUCAAGAUAGGCCUAAAACAAGUUUGCCUGGGUAUUAGUAACUAUGGCAACGAAGAUCGUCUUUGAGCAGCCCCAGCCAGUGAUGGAAAGAUUUGACUCCCCUGAAUGGAGCUCUGGGAUCUGUGACUGCUGUCAGGACAAGGCUGAUUGCUGCUUUGCUUUCUGGUGCUUGCCCUGCUAUGCCUGCCGGACUGCCAGGACCCACGGCGAGUGUCUGUGCUUGCCAUUACUCGAUGUCUGUGGAAUAGUGCCUCCCAUCACCUAUGCAAUGCGGGUCUCUGUGCGGCGGCACUAUGGCAUCAGGGACACCAUGUGUAAUGACUGCUUAUAUGCCACUUGCUGUGGUCCCUGCACCUGGUGCCAGAUAUCAAGAGAGAUGAAAGCGCGAUUCCGACCGAUCACCCUCAUCAACGCCAGAGUUAAACAAUGAAGCUUUUAACUGUCAUCAAUCCUCUGUGCUGCCUCACUAAAGACAAAGCCGAGCGGUAAUGACCUUCUUCACCAGCAGACGGCCACAGAUGUAAUUACACCUCAUAAUUGAGUACAGCCAUAUCCAUUUUCUUGCGAUGCCGGGACCAGAUCGGAAAGUUAAUGACCUAUGACGAAACUUUUUAUUUGCCCAGUGGAAGGAAGUCCUGCCUCGUUUACGGAAAGGAUUUACGGAAAAGAUUGAGUGUUUUUUUUUUGUUGUUGUUGAUCGAUUAUGUUGGAGAACAUGUUUGUAACUUUUCAGCUAAAAUUUUGGUUUUGGGCUACACUUACAUAUUUUGUUCAUGUCUUCGGUUGUGUGCACGUCUGCAUUUGUACUUGUUUGCAUGACUUUUGUUUGUUUUGAUGUGUUCACCUUUAGUUCUUUAUCACACUUGGUGCAGAUGUUAGGUGUAAAAAUUAUGCGCAUUUGAGUUAGAAUAUUCAACAGUACCUGUGCUUUGUUUUAUAUGUCCAUGGCACUGUACCCCAGACACACUGGGGAUUAGUAGGGUGACCACCUAAUCCAUGUCAGGAGAGACACUUUGAGCUAAGACAGGGUUUGUAAACUACUAUUUCGACCAUUUCAAUCAAAAGGGCCUGGAUUUUACUUAAGCCCUGAGUUCUUGCUGUGUGCUGAUUGGUCAGUCUCCUAUAAUCAUGCACGUGUCACUAAUGUUAAUGUGAAACAGCUGGAUGAAUCAAUCAAGGAAACAAACCCCAUUAAAAGGCAAACAAACAAUUUAGCUAAGCAAGGAAGCCUUUUAAGGUAACUGGCAGAACCUGAAGCAGCUCGUGUUGGACCUCCUGACAAGGAUUAGGUGGUCGCCCUGCAUUCAAGGACCAGCACACAACUUGCGUUUCACCCACAUUCACUUUUUACUUCGUUAACUCUUUCCACCUAAACACAACACUUAUCGCUUCCUACUGAGAAAACAACAACAUUGUAGCCACUGUCACCGAACUGUGUGGAAUGGUGUUGUCUGUCAUGAUAAAUAUGUGUUACAUUACAUAUGACAUUUAUUUAUAUGCACGUAAGUAAAUCUGAGCAGGAAGGGUGGAUGCAAUACUGAAAUGUGGGUGGAUGUUACAGCCUGCUAGCGUAGCGCUCAGGCCUCUGCUAUGUGGAAUUCACGUGAUCAACUAGAAAAAUAUUCCAGUUGAACUACAUUCCUUCACGUAUGUGCACACUAGUUAUUAACAAAACAGACCUUUAUAUGUUGUGCUUUGGCGUCUGUUACUCAUCUUCCGGGGCAAAUAGCUUGGACCUUGUGCUGUGUCACUUAGUAAAAAACUUUAACAUGAACAAUAGGGGCCUAAAUACCCACCUAUGUCACCAACACCCCCUACAAACUCUAAAUAAGUAUUUUUUGUGGCUUAUUUUAGUGGGAUCAUUUUCUUUUCAUGGAGCCUUAGCCUAAUCACUGCUGUCAAUCCAGUCCAACCAGUGGAGCAGAGGUAUUUGUGAUUGCCUAGUAUUUGUGUACAGUGCAUUUCCUCUUAACAAACCGCGUCACAAUCACAUGUUCUGGUCGAUUCUGGUCAAAUAAAAAGCAUGUAGUUGCAA